AUGACAAUUCCAUCUGUUAACACUAGAAAGAACGUAUUCAACAACUCCUCAACCAUAAGUCUACAGUGGCAGCUGAAAUCCUCCAGUCAAUCCCCCAUUGCGAUGGUAGAAUCCAUGGGACUCCACAAGCUCAUAAGAUCUCCUAAGGUGCAUCGAUUGAACAGCUAUAUGGAAGAGAAACCAUUCAAAUGUGAAGUGUGUGACCGAGCCUUCACACAGUUCUCGACACUCGUGAGACACCAAUGGAUCCACACUGGGGAGAAGCCUUUCAAGUGUAAAGUGUGCGAGAAAUCAUUGUCUGACACAUGGCACCUCCGCGCACACCAACGCACUCACUCUGGGGAAAAGCCAUUCACGUGCAACAUGUGCAACAAAGCAUUCUCUCAGUCAUCAACCUUCCGUGUACACCAACGGAUUCACACUGGUGAGAAACCAUUCACAUGCGAGGUGUGUGAGAAAUCAUUCCCCUGGUCGUGGAUUCUCCUCAAACAUCAGUGCAUCCACACAGGGGAGAAACCAUUCACAUGUGAGGUGUGCAACAAAUCCUUCUCGCGGUCAUCGAACCUCCAUGCACACCAACGCAUUCACACAGGGGAGAAGCCGUUCAGAUGUGAGGUGUGUCAGAAAUCAUUCACGGAAUCAUCAAACCUCCAUGUACAUCUACGCAUUCAUACAGGGGAGAAACCGUUCACAUGCAAAGAUUGUGACAAAGCCUUCACACAGUUAUCAAGCCUCCUGGUCCAUCAGAGAAUCCACACGGGGGAGAAACCCUUCAAGUGUGAGGUUUGUGAUAAAGCUUUCACAACAUCUACAAAGCUUCUGAUGCACCAGAGUGUUCAUACUGGGGAGAAACCCUUCAGAUGUGAGGUUUGUGAGAUGUCAUUUAUUGAAUCCUCUGAACUCCUGACACAUCAGAGGAUUCACACAGGGGAGAAACCAUUCAAGUGUGACAUGUGUGACAAAUCAUUCUCACAGUCAUCGAAUCUCCACACACACCAGCGCAUUCACACAGGGGAAAAGCCAUUCACAUGUGAGGUUUGCGAUAAAUCAUUCUCAUACUCAUCAACCCUCUGCAAACACCAGGGUAUUCACACAGGAGUGAAGCCAUUCACAUGCGAGGUGUGCGACAAAUCAUUCUCUCAGUUAUCAAGUUUCCGUGCACACCAACGCAUUCACACAGGGGAGCGACCGUUCACAUGCGAAGUGUGCAACAAAUCAUUUUCGCACUUAGUGAACCUCCGCGUACACCAACGCAUUCAUACAGGGGAGAAACCAUUCAUGUGCGAGGUUUGUGACAAAGCCUUCACACAAUUAUCGAGCCUCACAAGACAUCAGACAAUCCACACAGGAGAGAAACCCUUCAAGUGCGAGGUUUGCGAUAAAGCUUUUGCAACAUCUUCGAGGCUUUUGAUGCACCAGAGGAUUCACACAGGGGAGAAACCCUUCAGGUGUGAGGUGUGUAAUAAGGGCUUUGCACGAUCAUCGGAACUGGUGAGACACCAAUGUGUUCACACAGGAAAGAAACUGUUCACAUGCGAGGUUUGUGAAAAAACCUUCACACAGUUAUCGAGCCUUAUGCAACAUCAGAUAAUCCACACGGGAGUAACCAUUCAAAUGAUCCAUAUUGGCCACGACAUCAGGGAUAACUCCCCAGCUCUUCUACAAUGUAGUGUCAUGGGAUAUCUUACAUUCACCUGGGAGGGCAGACAGGGCCUUGGUUUAACUCAUCUAAAAUGUGGUGAGAGGCUGUUCAAGUGUGAGGUGCGUGAGGUUGACUCUGUAGGCUCAUCGGAUCUCCUAACACACAAGGUGAUUCUGUUGCACAACUGUUCACACAAGGGUCGCUACAUGGAAGAGAAAUCAUUUAAGUGUGACGUGUGCAACAAAUCAUUCUCGGUCUCAUCGAACCUCCGUAGGCAUCAACGCAUUCACACAGGGGAGAAGCCAUACACUUGUGAAGUGUGUAACAAAGCUUUCACACAGUUAUCAAGCCUCCUGGUUCAUCGGACAAUCCACACAGGGGAGAAACCCUUCAAAUGUGAGGUUUGUGAUAAAGCUUUUGCGACAUCUACGAGGUUCCUGGAACACCAGAGUACUCACACAGGGGAGAAACCAUUCAGAUGUGACGUGUGUGACAAAUCAUUCUCACGCUCAUCUCACUUUCGCGUACACCAACGCAUUCACACUGGGGAGAAACCAUUCACCUGUGAAGUUUGCAACAAAUCAUUCUCACGGUCAUCGAACCUCCGCGAACACCAACGCCUUCACACUGGGGAGAAGACAUUCAAGUGUGAGGUGUGUAAUAAGAGCUUUGCACAAUUAUCAGGCCUGGUGAAGCACCGGCACAUUCACACAGGGGAGAAGAAAAUAUUCACGUGUGAGGUGUGUAAUAAGGACUUUGAACAACUAUGGGGUAUGUUGGACCACCGUCGCAUUCACACAGCAGGGAAGCCAAGUGAGGUUUGUGACUGAGCCUCACACAGUCAGCAAUGCUCAUGAAACACUGACACAUCCACACUGCGUUUACAUACAAACAUACCAAUUAGGAGCAGGAGUAGGCCAUUCUGUCCCUUGAGCUUGCGCCGGCGAUUGAUAAGAUCAUGGUGCAUCUCAUUGUGGCAUCAACUCCACUAUCCUGCCUAUCCCCAUAACCUUUGACCUUCUUAUCAAUCAAAAAUCUGUCUCACUUAACUUUGAAAAUACUCAAUGUCCCAGCCUCCACAGCUCUCUGUGGAAGAAAAUUCCACAGCCCUCAAGUGAAAAAAAUUCUCAUCUCCAUUUUAAAUGGGAGACACCUUAUUUUUGAACCGUGUCCCCUAGUUCUAAAUUCUCUCAU